CGUUAUAUCCUGUGUAAGCUAAGCAUCCUUAUCCAAUCCAAUCCAACAGCAAAUCCGGUUAUUGAUUUAAGCGUUCAUUGUGAGGCAACAUAGGACUAUAAUUAGGUUAAUUACUUGUAACAUAGUGCUUAAGUAAACGUCUACAAAAUGUCGAUGAUGCGCGUAUUUGUUCGUAAUAUGGCCACCGCGGCCAAAAUCAACAACGUGGUUGUGAUCGGUGGUGGUCUUAUGGGUUCCGGAAUUGCUCAGGUCGCCGCUGCAACCGGCCACAAUGUAACACUCGUAGAGGUCAAUGACCAGCUGGUGGACAAAGCCAUUGGAAGCAUCAAGAAAAGCUUGGAACGCGUUGCAAAGAAGCAAUUCAAGGAUGAUUCUGCCAAGGGUAACGCCUUUGUCGAAGGAACCCUGAAAAAUCUCAAAGGAUCUACCAAGAUUGAAGAUUCCGUAGCCUCUUCGGAUCUAGUCAUUGAAGCGAUCGUCGAAAAAAUGAACAUCAAGCACGAGUUGUUCGGGAAGAUCGAUGCCGCAGCUCCGGCCAGUACCAUUUUUGCUAGUAACACGUCGUCGCUCUCGAUCGGUGAGAUUGGUUCAGUGACCAAGCGAGAGGAUCGCUUCGGAGGGCUGCACUUUUUCAAUCCGGUACCGAUGAUGAGACUGCUCGAGGUCAUUCGUACCGAAAAGACUUCCGAAGAAACGUACCAACAGUUGAUGGAAUUCGGAAAGCGCAUGGGCAAGACUUGUAUCACCUGUAAGGAUACGCCCGGAUUCGUGGUGAAUCGUUUGUUGGUUCCGUAUAUGGCGGAAGCAGUUCGUCUGCUGGAACGCGGCGAUGCCACCGCCCGGGAUAUCGAUACGGCGAUGAAGCUGGGUGCUGGUUACCCGAUGGGACCGUUCGAGUUGAGCGACUAUGUUGGACUGGACACGACCAACAACAUCAUGCAUGGAUGGCACGAGAAGUUCCCGGAGAACCCGUUGUUCAAACCCCCACAAAUGCUGCAGAAACUUGUUUCCGAGGGAAAACUCGGUGUUAAGUCUGGAGAAGGAUUUUACUCUUACAAAAAGUAGAUUUAUGUUGGGUGAUUUUUGUGGUUGGGAAAUAAAGUGCAUUUAUA